UUUCAACCUUUUCGGAGGAGGCGCAAAAUUAAAAACUUUUCUUCUAUUUGGAAGAUCCUAGUUCAGGGAUUGGCAACCGAUGACACGGUUGAAGCUAAGCACAAAAUAAAAAUACUCCGUACACAGUAAGUACCAGAAUGAGAUGAGGAAGAUGGAGGCCUCCAUGAGGUCAGGCGCGGGGGCCAAAGAAGUAUAUACACCACGGCUGCUGUGGGUGCACAUCAUGGAUCAACUCAUGAGACCCACGCGAAGGAGAAGAGAAUCGCAGAGCACACUGACAUAUCCAAAUGCGGCACCAUCGCGAUGGUGUACCGGCCUGCCAACUUCCGACAGCGCAGAUCCAUCCGGGACUUCGGCGGAGGAAACGCCGCCGAUGGAACCCGCGCCGUCUUUUGCCGGAACUUCAAAUCCCGGGAAAAGGAGAAAAGUAGAGCAACUGACUGGAGCAGUGAACCAGCUACAGCAAAUAGCAGAAAUGCUGCACGCAUUCGAGUCCAGGGAGGACGAUUGGGACGCGUAUGGCCAAUUCAGAGCCAAGCGGAUGCGCGCCCUCGCCCCGUACCUGGCAACUGAAUGUCAAGAAGAAAUAAAUAACAUUUUAAAUAAAUACAAACAGAUCGCAAGCGCGGCAACAUACGUUGUACAGUCCACGCAACCCGCAUCGAACACUCCACCACUCACACAACCCUCACUGAACACUCCACCGCCCACACAACCUGCACCGUACACACCACCACUCACACAACAUGCACCAUACAUUGUACCACCCACACAAUUACAUUCUUACCAACCGAUACAAUACAUUUCCACCUAUGACACUACACAGACACCAUAUAUCGUGCAGUAAAAACAUAUGUAAAAACUGUUUGUAAAUAAUUGUAUAUAUAUAAUUUGUAUAGUUAGUAUUAAUGAUUAGUUUUAAAGGUUAGUUUUAAAGGAAUGAAUGUGCAUUUGUAUGGAAGGGUGCGAAUGUAUGGAAUAAAAUGACUAUUAACCAUCUCAACAAGUUGCAUUUCGUUUAGCACCACUCCCUUCGUCCC